AUGGUUGCUACCAAGAAUCCUGCUGGAGACCAGGUGAUUUUAGAAGACAAAAGAAAAUUGGAGGCAGAUUAUGACAUUGUGAACACUUGGAAUAUUCCACAAGGUCUUGAUCUUAAGGUGAAAAUAGGACAGUUUUCUCCAUUUGCUCUACAUGAUCACCAACUAUCUUUAUUUGAAGAUUUGGUAGAGUGGCCCAUAGAAACUACAGAGCCUGUUCUCUCUGUCUGCAGUGAGAGUUGUGGUCCUGGAUUCAGGAAAUCCCUUCAGGAGGGAAAGGCUGCCUGUUGCUUUGAUUGUACCCCUUGCACAGAGAAUGAGAUGGCGAAUGGGACAGCAGCUGUUCUUGGGGUCUUUGUGAAACAUCACAACACCCCUAUUGUGAAGGCAAAUAACCAGGCUCUCAGCUACAUCCUGCUCCUCUCCCUCUUCUUCUGUUUCCUCUGUUCCUUGCUCUUUAUUGGCCAUCCUAACACAGUCACCUGCAUUCUACAGCAAACCACAUUUGGAGUUGCAUUCACGGUCGCUGUUUCUGCUGUUUUGGCCAAAACUGUAACUGUGGUUCUGGCCUUCAAGGUCACUACUCCAGGGAGAAGGAUGAGGUGGCUGCUGAUGUCAGGGGCUCCUAAUUUUAUCAUUCCAAUCUGCACCCUGAUCCAGGUGACUCUCUGUGGUAUCUGGCUGGGAACCUCUCCUCCUUUUAUUGACACAGACACACACUCUGAACAUGGCCACCUCAUCCUCCUGUGUAACAAGGGGUCCCUCACUGCCUUCUACUGUGUCUUGGGAUUCCUGGGUUCCCUGGCCCUGGCCAGCUUCACUGUGGCUUUCCUGGCCAGGAACCUGCCUGACACCUUCAAUGAAGCCAAGUUCCUGACCUUCAGCAUGCUGGUGUUUUGCAGUGUGUGGCUCACUUUCCUGCCUGUCUACCACAGUGCCAAGGGCAAGGUCAUGGUGGCUGUGGAGGUCUUCUCCAUCUUGGCCUCCAGUAUUGGGCUCCUGGGCUGCAUCUUUGUCCCCAAGUGCUACAUCAUCUUGAUAAGGCCUGAUUUAAAUUGUGUGCAUGGCAUAAGGGACAGAAAAUACCCUGGGCAAAUCCAAAAUUUGCUGCACCUUAAAAUUUGGUCCAGCUUAAUAAGGGUGAACCACCAGUCAGGGUUUUAUCAGGAAAUCCCAAAGUGCCAUGAUAACUGGGAACAGAUAUUUAUUGCAGAGAUUCGCAUAGUACUCAAAGCUCAGAUCGAGUGGAAUAGCUCAGAAUCAGAGGCCCUGCCUCUUUUACCCACACUGAAUUUGCAGUAG